AUGAGUAAAUCAAAAGGUGGCGACAUAGACAAGAAAUUGAAGAAACAUCGCAUUUCGAUUUUGGAUAGCAAAACUGACCCGACGACACGACAAAAGUCGAUUUUGUUUUUCUUGGAGAAUAAAAAGGAGAGUGAGCUCAUGCAACUAUUUAAAGACAACAAACCAUCACUGCACCACCUUUUCACACUUUACCCACCAAUACUUGACAGUGCAAAUAAAAAGCAGAGAAUACUAACUGAGAAGGACGCACUCAUCGUCCAAACACUUUUGGAGUUAGCUGCAGACAACUACUCUCCAAGUGAAAUCACUUUUGUAGAACCUCUUGUAUCCAUUCUUACAACGUUCUUGGCCGUCGAAACUCCAUUCAAAAUGCGCAAAGACGUCUUCCAAAAGUUUUUGAUGAUGAUCACUAAACUGAACGCAACAGACGAGGAAUUGCCAUACCUCAAAUUGUUUAUUGGUGUUUUGAACUUGGAAUGCUUUUCAUCGGAUGUCACGUUACACUUGACUUGCACUCACUUGCCCGUUGGUGUACCAACACCACAAAUUAUAGAAAACCCCGUGGAGAGUCCAAAACCAAAACAACAAAGCUUCCAAUUGCUGGAAAUUUUCUUUACGGAGUUGAUUAAGAACACCGAAAUAUUGUACCCAUUUUUCAAACACAUUUUGUCGUAUUUGGUGCCCAAUUAUUGUAAAGCAAUCUUUUUGGAUACGUACAAACAAAAGACGGGAUUCAUUGCGAACAUCCCAAGUGACUUACUUGACUUUGUUCUGAAAACGAUGUGCAAUUUUGAUUUGCUGAAAGCACUUGCGCCGUAUCACGAGAAGCUUUUGGAACUGAUGACUGUUCUGUACGACCAAUGUUUAACACUGAACGUGAUUGAAUAUCAAAUGAUCACAAGAACAGUACAAUCGUAUCUAAAUAACUUUAUAAUGAAUGAGGUGAGCGUGUUUCUUGUUGGGUCCGUCAACGCGGAGAACCUUCUUGUCUUUCAAAAGAGUGUUAUAACGAAAAUAUCGCAACUGUUUAUCAAAAACAAAGAGAACGAAGAGCCCGAAGUCAAAAUUUUGAUUCAAAAUUUGGUGAAGUCGUUCACCGGGUGUUUGGAGAAACAAAAUUACUUCAGUGAUGACUUGAAGAAAGAAGUUGUCAACACUUUGGCGAUAGGAACGAUCGGGUUUUUGCCAGAAAAAGUUGGAGUCCAGACAGUCUCUCUUGUUACUGUUGUGAUGAACUGUUUGUUCAUCGUAUGGAUCUAUUGGAACAGAUACGACAUCGAAGGGUGGAAGAAGCUUCACCAGGACUUGAAGCCCUUUUUGAAGAACGAUUUGAUCAUUUCAGAAGUUGAAAGGAAGCUCUUCCAAAUCACAAAGGAGUUAAUCAAUCAACAUUACACGCUCAGAGAAGCGCAAAUCAAAAGUCUACCGUCGCAACUUGAAAUGAUGAAAGUGAAGAAUUCCAAUUUUGUGUAUUUGGACGUGAAAGAGAAUGACAAAAAGGAACUUCCUGAGGAUAAGGAAUUAAAGGGAUAUUUGACUGAUUUUACUACAGACGACUUACUUAACUUGUGGAACAUCUUUAAUGGCAUUUUUGAAGACAUUGACGGGUUGGACCCAAUAGCACAAGUCAACUGUUGCCACUCUUUAAUAUCAAUUAUACAAUUCUUAUUAGACGUAGAUGGAAGAGGUGAAACUUUGGAUGACGUACUUGAAAAGGGACGAAUUCAGAUGUACGAAGUUUAUAUGCCCCAUUUGAUUAAGCUGAUUAAGACAGUUGAUUUGGGAGAUGAGCAACAUUUGCUCUACAAAAUGUUGUGUAACUUGAUGGUCAGGAAAGUCCCCAAAAUCACUAAUGCGGUAUAUAACUACUUCUAUGAGAUCAUUCAGAACAUUACUUGUGAUAACGAGAAAGCAGUAGAAGACGUCUUAAUUGGGUGUUCUCAGAUCUUCACAAUUGGACUCCCUGGCGCAGAAGUCUUAAUUCCAAAAUUCUUAGCACUUCUGAAAUCGUUUAAAAACGUCAACUUUGGAGGGAAUGAAGAGGUCCAAAUUGCGUUUUUAAUAUCAUCGACGUUAGACGUCUGUUUCAACAAUUCUGAGAUCCUUCAGUACUUUACAAUAGAGGGUGACAUCAAUGAAAUGAUCACUUCUGUUUUAUCUCACGUAGUUGAAGAGUUUAAAUCAGCGUCUGGGAAGAUCGAAAUUGUGUGGAUCAUCGAGAAGUUCAUUAGACAUUUAGUUGACACUCAAAUGACACAACAGAGGUAUAUUAAUGAUGUCUUAGAUCUUGUUCUGAAUAUGAUAACUCCAAAACAGUCAACAACAAUCACAGACAACAUAUUCAAUGCGAUCAUUCUCCUCCAUCAACAUCUUUUACCAGACCAGGUGGUCGUUUCGUUGGUCUCGACUCUCCUCGACAAAAUUGAGAAAAAGGAAUUGGACAAUGCGAUUGUUGGGGGCAUCUUUUUGACACUCUCGGAUUUGUUUUCUGGAGAGCGGAGUGUACUCGCAAUGGACAUCACUAUUGAGUUUGUCCAAAAGAUGUUCAAUUCCUUUGUUGUUGCGAUGUCAAUGAAAAAUGAACAGACCAACAAGAUGGGCGGCGCAGAAGGCGCCGAACUCUUUGUAGAGACGGUGAUGCAUCAUUUUGGAAUCUUCGGCAAUAAGGGUAUCGACAAGAUCAGUGGAAAAGAAGAGACGUCGACAGCGGAGUGGUUUGUACUUGGGGACUCCCGAGUCAUGUCGAUCAGUAAAGAGUUCAUUGUGACUAAAAUAGAAGAAACAAAAGAGUCUACAGAGAUCAGUGAUGAGCUUUUAGAAGAGCUUCUUGAGGAAACACCGCGGACACAGUUAAAUGUUGAGAAGAAGACCAAAGUAGAUAUCAAAGAGAAUAAUAAGAGUCUCUGCCGAAUUAUCAUUCGAGAUGCUUUAGGGCGUUGGGUGUGGGAUGUUGAAGAGCUUUGGGUCGAGUCUCAGUUACAUGGAGGGAGUUCUUCAAUAGUAGAAGACAUCAAGAAAGCGAAUUGGGAGGAUUUAGUGUUAAAAUUAGUCGAACAGAAAUACAAAGACACGGUAUUUAAAAAUGAAGGGAAAAUAGAAGAGAUGUUGGACACGCUGAAAGAACAAUUUAGCGACUUUUCGUGGGACAAUGCAAGCGAAAUAUAUGAUGUGAAAACGUAUGAAGAUGAUGUUGUGUUGUUUGGGAAUCGUGUCGAUCAAUAUAAGGAGAUGAUGAAUAGUCUUAAAAUCGAACGGAACGAAGUACCGGAGCGAACCAAAUUUACUAAGAAUGGCAGUAUAUCAUCAUUUGUAUCAAGCAUUAUCGAAACUAAUGCACUUCCUUCAUUCACAAAAAGUGUAUGUCCGUUUGAGAUGACCGAUCGAUUCAAAUUGGCGAUUCGCCAAAUUGACAAAUUGCCACUCCGAGAGACACAUAAAGUUGCGUUAUACUAUGUGAAAGACCAACAGACGUUGGUAGAGUCAUUAACUAAUGUUGAACCUUCAAAAGAAUAUUUGGUCUUUGAGGAAUCACUUAGUUGGAAUAUUCAGUCCUCCACUUUUGAGAAGCCGACAGACUAUUACUCGACAUGUCGGGACGAAAUCCUCUUCAAUUCGUUGUGGAAGGCAAUUCAGUCGAACGACAUCGAAAACAUUCAAGAGAAGCAAAAGCACAUGUUCUCUUCAUUUGUGCAAGUUGCCUUUGUCGAAGGCAAUCAGAAGAUUAAUAUAGAAGCUUUGGCGACACAAUUUACUAACGUCUUCAUCAUCAUUAGACCCCACAAAUUAGGGUUUCGCAUUGAAAUCUAUCGUAAUGGAAACAUCCCAAUGUUUGGCCCAUUGAUCCAUGGAGAUAUCGUGGCUUACGAGAAUUUGCCACAGCUUGUGAGAGAAACCGCAUUAAACGCGAGUCGGGCUGUCCACAACGCUUUGAUGGGAGAUUCGGUCUUGCGACCGUUUGUGCAAAGAGGAAAAGCAAUCAGAGACUUGAUCAGCGCUAACAAGAGCAUCAAUUCAAAUUACUUCGAAGUCAAACAAAAAAUCUUUUUUAUGAACAACAAUGCUCUUGAAAACGCGUGA